CCAAUCAGCAUCAAACUGAACUCAAUUAGCAAAACAACUUUAUACAAUGAAUGAUACUGUAUUUAAAAUGCAUUUGAACAGCUCAAUACACUUUGCAGUAAAAGACAGCUCAAUACACUUUGCAGUAAAAGACAUUGCAUCAACCCUAAGUCUGUAUAAAUCUGUGACAAAAGCAUAAAAUCUCUUGAGUUGCCUUGUUUUACCUUUUGGAGAGUGUCUUAAGCAGACUUCGGUGGUUGUAUCAGUUUUAUACACAGACUAAGUUGGAUCUGAUUUAAGUGCAAUUUGAAAAUGGGCAAAUAUUUGUACAAGGAAAAGGUAAAACAGCUUUUAUGUAGGCCUAUUAGGGCCUAUUUGUUGAUGAGAUAAAUUUAGGCUAGAUUGUGUUAAAUUUGGUCUACACAUGACCAAUUAAAUAAAAGUCUGCAAUGAUGCUGCAGAGCACUUUUUGUGCAUAGUCAACUGCCCUCGUUUAAUGGUUAUCUCAUGUUUUUGGGAAAAGAGGCUUUCUAUGACAGUUUCUUGUACCAAAAAACCUAAGGUAUCUGGCUAAGGUUUAUAGCUUUCCUACCUAGCGCACACAGGUAAAGGUUAUUGUCACCGCCUUGUUCUUCAAACGCUUACAAGGUCAUAUUCGUCAGUCAAUUACAAAUUAUUCAACCCUACUGUAGUGUUCCAUGCAAGCAACCACUUUAGACUUUACAUGUGUAUUCUAAUCAUGUGAUGAAAUAAUACACAAAUCACUAGAAUUGAUAUGUGCACCUUAUCUUACUAUACUUUAGUAUGCACCGGACACCUACAUCCAUAAUGAGUUAUGAAUCUUUUGAUACUUAGGGUUAUUUAUAUGUAAAACAUAAGGUGUUUCUUAGCUACCCCCUCAAACCAGUUUCCAAUUUCCUACUAAACCCUGCACUUGGGCACAUUACAUGCCAUUACAUCAGAUAGACCUAGGUACUAAAUCCUUCAUGAUUGGUUGAUAGCUACUGCACUGAUUAGCCUACACAUUACCUCUUCACCCCUCUAUUUGUGCACUGUAAAGUAAUGGGAUGCUUAUGCUGCCGAGGGAAUGGGGUGUGUAUUGUAGAUGGGGAUUAUGUUGGGGGGAGUAGUAGCAGUGAUUAUAAAGCUGCAGAGACAGCCGGGUUGGACGUCAGACUGCUGCAUUCAUGGAUGGGCAGGGCUACAGGCUUGUCAGUCAAGAGGGGGAGCUAUGCCGCAGCCGCACCAUGAGGGAGGGGCUGGGUGUGUGAGUGCAGCUCUGGAGGGUCUGAGCACAGAUAUGCACCAGUCAGGAGAUUUGCAGCCUGAGCUCAGUACAGAGGUAUGAGCAGACAGACAGUCAAUAAUAGGCUAUAGAGGCUGUAUGCUGCUCAGUCUGUCAGUGGUGCAAUGUGUGCCAAAUAAGGUGGAUUUAGUAGGCUACUUCAUGGUCAAUUUAUGAUUAGAAUCAUCAAGGGUUCUCUCCAAGGAAUGUAAGAGGGGUGCUCGCACACCUUGUGACAGGUGUUCAAAAAUGAAACAAUCUUGAGUCCAAAGGGGGGCAAUGUCCCCCUUCUCAGCAGCAACACCUUGUUAAAAAAUACUGGGGACAACCCUGUCAUCUUAGGACACAUCCACCAUGAGAUAUUGUUAUAUCCAAAUCUAAUAAAAUGUAUGAUCAUGUUUCUCCUUUGUUACUGGGGUCAGUUUAACCGUUUGUUAUUGAGUUCUGUAAUAUAAGUAGCAUUUGGAUUUCAAUCCCAGUUUUCUUACAUUUAUGAAUAUUGUAAAAUAACAUAAAUGUAAAGCAUUCCGUCAGAACGGAGUGAAAAUGCUUUGAAAUGGCAUCCUCUGUUCCACCAAAGCCAGAAGCCAACAGUUUUUUUUCCGCUCUACUUCCUCAGCCAGCCAACACAAUUUCUCCUCUUAUGGCUGAGGUUCACUGGGUUUCCUGUGUCUCAGGGCAAUAUAUACUGUAGCAAAAGAACAACCAAGCAGAAUAUGUCAUCUUGGUUUGUGACUAGAACAUUCAAACUCCUUUGAAUUACGUAGGCUAUGAUGUAGAGGGGGGGGGGAUUAUACAAUUUUGAGUUGAUCUGAAGUAACCUUUUUCGGGUUGUAAUUUAAAUAGUCCAACCACUAUCAGAUAAAUACAUUUGUCACUUGAAUUGGUUACACAAUGUAAUUCAACUAUCAGCUAAAAGUAUCAAGUACACCUCUGCUUAUCAUAAUCUUUACAGAGGCAGUGCUACUUGAAAUUCCCCUCUGAACAGUAAAGAUAAUGAUUAAACCCUCUCGUCUCUCCAUCAAAUUAGAACGAAGUUGCAUAGCUGUUUUAUGAGCCAUUCUUUAUAAUUUAUGGAGGUCAGUAGUAUCGUUUUAUUAUCACAAUAAUAGUCAAAGCACACAGCUUGGGUGAUUCCUCACAAAACUAUAACAAAAAAAGAACAUGACUUUGGGGAUUUUCACAAUGUAUUCCAUAGAAGGGUCCUUUGGAGGAAGGAUUGUUGACAUACAUGUUACAUGUUGUAUCUUAAAGCUUAAUUGAGAAAUAAUUAAUUGAAGUUGGAAUAUUUGUGACAUUUUGGCCAUGCUCUGGCCUCCUUUAAGACUAUAUUGUUUCAUCCGGUAGGUGCUACAAAGCAAGAAUUCAUGUCAUAUGAAGCUUUUCCGCUUGCUCUGUAAUCUAAGUAGUAUUUUGAUUUCAAUCACAAUUUUCUUAUGUUCAUUUAUGAAUAUUGUAAAAUAACAUGAAUAUUGAAAAUAUACAAUUUUUCAUUUGGCUAUUUUUUCAAUACAUUGUUGAACAUAAUAUACUCUAAGGGCAUAUACAAGUUGAACAAAUGUCACCUAGAUGUCAACUAGACUUCCUCUGAAGGACCCUUCUAUGGAGUACAUUUUAAAAAAAUACUUUGGCUUUUUUGUUCUUGUUUUGUGAGGAAUAACCUGCUUGCUGAAUAAACUAGGCCUUGGAGUCUGCUCCCCGGCCCAGACAGCUGGGGGGCUAUAACGGGGGCUGAAGGAGCAGCUGCCUCCCCCUCCUCACCUCCCUUCUGUGUGUAAUGGAUAUUGAUUGUUUGGCUGCGAUCCAGCAGUAUGCUGAUUCAGCAGGUUGGCCAGCGCUUCACAACUCCUCCUUUGAGGAACAGAGAGACAGACCGAGAGGCGGCAUUAACCCGGGGGUGAUACAUGGGGAAUAUAUCAGCAGCAGCUUGCCUCAGAUGGAAGUGUAGGAUUAGCUACAGGUCUGCACCUCAAUAGUCUAAUUGUCUGUAUUGGCUUCCUCUUGUGUCCUUUCCUUCUAGCCCAGUUCUCUUUCAGAUUUGUGUGAAGGACGGUUUCCCAAAAGGAUCUUAAGUUCUUCAUUAGAACCUUCGUUGGAGCGUCGUUAAAUCUUCGGGCUGUUUCCCAAAACCAUUGUUAUUGACGUUGCACUUAAAUGCACGUAAUCUAACGCCUGCCUCAGACCACUUGUAGAGCGCUAAAUGCGUUUAAAAAAAAACAUGCCCUCCCGCAUCACUUCAUACACAGAUGUCCGCUAAACAUAGAAUCACUUAGGUUAUCCGUCUCUGACCGCCGAUAACUUCAGAGUAAAGUUGACUACAAAUACAAAGUUGCCACUGUCUUUGCAAUUGAUACAAACAAGCGACAUAUUAAAAGAUGCAUCAAAUGAAAACCAAGAUGACUGCAUUAAAAUAUAAACAGUGGGCUAUAAGCCUAUUUAUUCAAUCAUAUUGAAAUACAUGUAAUGUUCAAUUGUGUUUUCUUUUGCUACUUGUAGGCUACUUUCUGUAAUUUGUCUCAAUAUAUUUCAUGAUGUGUAGCCUAAAAUGCGGGCAAUGAUGUGCCAAGUAGGUGAUUUUGCGAAUUUUUAUUGGGUAAGCAUUAGAAUAAGCCACCUCAAUAUAUGCAGCCGUAGGUGGUAAUAUCUCUCUAGGAGCUGAUCCCUCUGUUAAGCUAUAAUUUCCUUUCUUUCGAUCUUAUCGGUAUAGAAACACCCUCCAACCACGCACUUAGCGACCUUUCUUUCUUCGUGGUGUUUUGGGGAACGAUUGUUACGUCUUCGGGCCGUUGGAAAGAUGCAUCAUUAAAAAACUUGUAAGCUUAAGUUCCAUCGGGAAACUGGCAACCCUGGACAAGUGAAAGCAAUUUUGGCAUGUCUAUCUGCCAUGUUGUGUUCACCUGCCUUGUCUUUCCAGAUCAGCGAAGAUAUAAGAAAAUGAGACAAGGAGAGGACCCCACUUUAGACUAUUGAGUCGCACCCCAGGUGGCUGGUGGAUCUAUCAGUUGAUCCCAUAAUGCCAGGCUCCAUAAUGAGAGAGGCCUAUAGGCCUAGUGUUCAAAGGGCUGAUGGUAAUACUGCAGUUACAUCUCACAGCUGGAGAGACGGGUAGACUGUGGCUGUUUUCCUUGUGAAUAAGUAGCAUGUUGAAAAUAUGUACCGCCACAUCACGUUAAACAUUCUCAUACACUGGAACUCCGUACCAUAUGAAAAUAUGUGUUCAUUCAAGGUGCAAUUAAACCCAGAGAACUUAUUUAUAACUUUUAUACAAACCUACUUAAGCAAAAGUCCUCAUCAAACCUUGAAAUCAAACUUAGCUGAUAUUAUCAGAGACCUGCUUGAAGUCCAAAUCAAACUAAAGGCCAGUCGGUCGGUGCCCAAUGAACCCCUUCACUCCCAGCUGACUCUGUAGAACGGCAGGAUAUGAGCUGGAUAGUUUGGCUCUCUCUGAAGGAGCACACUUCACCAGGCAUCAGCACAGCCAUGCUACCUCCUGCCGACAUUUUAACCUGGCGGCCCCCCAGGCUCCCAUCUCAGCAGAGUUCCCCCUGGGCCAUGCCAGCCAGCCCCCAGACUGGCCUGGCCCCUCACCUGUCCCCAGCCCCCCACCAAUCUCCGGCCCUGCCGGCCCCCCCUCAGUUCCAGGACGUCCAGGGGCCUCCGUUUCUACCUCAGGCCUUACACCAGCAAUACCUCAUCCAGCAGCAGCUUCUAGAGGCGCAGCACCGCAGGAUCCUCCCACACUCCCGGCGAACACAGGAGCGCGUUCCUCUGAACAGGCUCCGCUCGGGAUAUGACUACACCCCUCCCCUCCACGUCCCCCAGCCAAUCAGCCAGCAGCCGCGCUACCUGGCCGAGGGCACAGACUGGGACCUCAGUGUGGACGCUGGCCUCUCUCACCAUCAGUACCAGCUCCAGCAGCUUCCACAGCACUAUCAGCAUUACCUGGCGGCAUCCCCCAGAAUGCACCACUUUCCCAGGAACACGACUUCUACUCAAGUGGUUGUACACGAGAUCAGAAACUAUCCAUACCCCCAGCUACACCUGCUGGCUCUACAGAGCCUCAACCCCUCACGCCACGCUUCGGCUGUACGAGAGAGCUAUGAGGAGCUGUUGCAGCUUGAAGACAGGCUGGGAAGUGUCAGUAGAGGAGCAGUUCAGACCACCAUAGAGAGAUUCACCUUCCCACACAAAUACAAGAAGAGGAAGCCUCUGGAUAUGAAGAUUGGUGAGAAAGACGAGGAGACUGACGUGGAUGAGAAAUGUACCAUCUGCCUGUCGAUGCUGGAGGACGCAGAGGAUGUCAGGCGGUUACCCUGCAUGCACCUCUUCCACCAGGGCUGUGUGGACCAGUGGCUGGCGACCAGCAGAAAGUGUCCAAUCUGCCGCGUGGACAUCGAGACGCAGCUCCAUCCUGACAGCUGAUGGCCCGGGGGUGAAGCCUGACGGCCUGGCUGCUGUCAAUCACCCUGGAGUGUUUCCUGCUCCCAUCUACCCAGGCCCUGGUCCCUCCUCACACGGGUGCUUGCCAAAUGUCUCCAGACGUCAUGUGACAUCACCCUCUGACUCACGCUUUACUGAGCCAAUCCAGGAUUACUUACUGCAUGAGAGAAUGGAGUCUCUCUCUCUUUCUCUCUCUCAAUAAAAGCACAUCCCCGGCAAAAAGACACACACACACACACACACACACAUACACAGGGUUUACUAGUUGCUUGCUGGAGGUGGGGUGUUGUUGCCGUCGUGUUGUUGUAGGUAGGGGAGGCAGGUGUGUGUCCUGUUUCCUGUGUCUUUGUAGCAUGUUCUUAAAGCCAUGACAUUAAUGUACUGAGUGAAAAACACACUACCCCACUUGCCAGCUGGCCACACACACACACACACACACCUUGCUUAUUCUGCCACAACAGGAAUCUAAAUCAAUCACGUAAAAGCCCUGUCGCCAUGUUUGCCUACAGAUCAUUUGUGGUAGUACAGUAGCAGUAUCAGACACAGCAAUACAGUAGUUGUACAUUUGCUUGGGACUGAUGCUGUCAUCAGUGUUGGGACAUAAUAUGACUAUUUCACCGCUGCCAUGUCAGCCUGCCCCAAUGCAUGGGUUGGCGUGUGUUUGAGUAAAUACACAGGUUAGUGAGUGUUUCACCAAAAGAGUUAUGGUAUCGCUUGACCUGCUGCAGCACGGGUUAAUGUGUGUGUUCUGCCCCAGUGUGUGGGUUUCAGUGUGUAUUUAACCAAUGCGUGAUCAUGCGUGACAAACUUAAAGUGCGGGUCCAAGUGUGUAUCAAGGGUUAAAGGGGAAUAUAGAAGUUAGAUUAACGGUGGUUUGAUUGGAGUGCUUGUAGAAUACAAAGCCAAAUAAGGACUUUUAAAAAAUGCAAAAAAGAAAUGUAUUAAGACCCAAUCCCCCAUCAUGCACUGCAGUGACUGGGUGAGGUGUGGGGCAUUCUGGGUAUGCAGGAGGGUUAGCUGCCCUGGAAACAGCGACUCUGUGCCAUCCCCUCCUGGCGCAGGCGUUAUGGCUGAGCAGUGUAGUGAAAUGCAUGUUUCAAUGUUGGCUUGGGCUGUUGUGUUAGCGUACAAAAAAAUUAUAAGGGGAGGGGAGGGGGUUGUCUGUGCAUGACUUAGUUAAUCUGAGCUGUGACUAUCUUUCUCAACACUAACAAAGAAAAAAGAACUGAGCACCAUGUCAGUGGCUGUCCCUGGCCUGUAGCGUGUGUUCAUCCUGCCCCUUUUUGGUGGCAAACAAAAUGGAAUCCUAUUGUGACGUUUACCUUAUUGCCUAAAGAACAAGCACAUGUGAUGAUAGAUAUAGCAACAACCUCUUUCUUUGGUAUUGCAUUUGCGUUGGUUUCUGUAUAUUUAGGUAUAUAAACACGCAAUGUUUUGGACCGAGUGAGGAGCUUAGUUGUUGAACUUGUGUUUUUGUGUGACAGAUCUCCCCUCGUUGUUGCUAUGCUGGUUUCUAUGCUGUAUUGCUAGAACAACAAUGUAGAAUGUUGUGUGAUGGGGGCAGUAUCCACAGUGCACACGGACGGACGGACGGACGGGGGGCAAAAUAAGGGUCAUAGAACACAUUUUUUUAUUGUAACAAAAAAAAAAAAAUGAAGGAUUUAAAUGUUGAUAUUUUAUGUUUUCCUUUUGAUCUGUUGCCCUGUGACGUUUAACAAUGUGCAUAAACAGUACAUAGCAGUGCCAAUCCUUAAGAACCUAUCUGUCAUAUGCAUUGUGGACUGAGUAUUGAAGCAUUAGGAAAAAUUGAAUUGCCCUGUGGACUUAGUUGUGAAGGAUUGGGACAGACCCUUACUGACCUGUGCACUGCCAGUGUUGAUACUGCCUCCUCCUUUAGUGGAGUUUUCUAUGGGAUGUUUUGAUAGUUUACACAGGGUGUUGUCAGUUGAGAUGCCUUAAGUAUUUAACAAUCAUAAUUUAUUACUAACUGUAGAUAUCAUGGGUACAUAUUUAAUUUGAUAUAGUUUGUUUUGUUGCAAUUUAAUCAAUUUAUUUAGAAAUAACAAAAAAUGAUUUACCUCAUUUUUGCGUUGUUUUAAAUGGGAAUGCUCCGCAUGCAGUUGUAUUUUUCCUGAAGAAAUUAAACAAAAAAGCCCUGCUGUUUGAUCUCUCCCCGAGCCGGCUGUUUACUGUCCCGAGCUGAGCUGUCUGGCCUGCUCUUCUCAUGUGGUGCUGUGGAUAUCUUGGUUACAUUCCAUUCAAUGCAAUUUUCCCUUAUCCCCUAUGCUGUGACGUAGUGGACAAACUGCAAUGAAAUGAAAUGGUUUUUAGUUGAAUAGUUUUCCUCGUUCUCAUUUUGCACUCUUAGUUUUAACAUGGGAACCCUCUCACUGGCAUAACAGUUUACGAACAUAGAUGUAUUAUCAUCAUUAUUAUAUACUCUGUCAUUUCCAGCUCUCUGCGUCUCAUCCUUCUAUCCAUUCUGUCUGUUACGAAGCAUGUUCCUUCUCGUCUUUGUCAUGGGAUAUUUCUCCUUACCUCUUUUCCAGAAAAACAUGUAGUUUUGAGUCCAACAAGUGCCUCGCUUCUAGGUGUCAAGAGAUAUUACCUUAUGAUUUAAACCGCACUCAUUUACCCAAAAUCCAUGUCCAAAUAGUGUAUAAUGUUGUCUUUCCUCCCUUAUUCCCUCCUUUCUCUUUUUAAGGUCACCACUGACCAACCUGCAAGGUAAAAUAAAUAUGUCAGCCCCCAUAAGUGAAGUGUGGGAUCAUCCGGUGGUGUGGUUGGCAUAUUAAUGCUUUCACUAACCAAAUAUAUCUGUGAUUACCUUAUGAGAGAAAUGAAAGCAGCUAUUUAGGAGUAUUUGGACAUAACCAGUUGUUCUCCUUCUUUUUUUUUGUUAAACUCUAAAUCGUACCUAAUCAGACCAUUUCUUUAAAAUAACUUUGUUUUAUAAAAAAUGUAUGAAAUAUUUGACCAAAACCUUUCUACAAAGAGGCAUGUUUCACUGUGUUCAUCGACGCUACACUAAUUAUUCCCAUCUUUCACUUUCCCCUUAUUUUUAAUGACCGUCCAUCCCUCCCGUCACUCAGAACCCAUCCAAUGUUUCCCUUCACAAUCCUCUCUCAAGGGAAAACAAGAACAGAGGAUCUCUUAAAGCACAAACUAACUAAAAAUGCAUGUAUUUCUCAGGUUUGGAUAUAUAUAUAUAUUCUCGAUGGUAUAUAAGUAUAUGGUGAAAAUAUUUGCAGAUUACACUAAGAAUAAUACAAAUAAUUCAUUUUGCUGCUGCUUGCAUCUGACAAACAAAAACUGAAGGAAAGAGAAAAUAUCCCAAAAAGUGCCAGUGAAAGGGCAACCGCCACCUUUGUAUGAGAUAUCUGCUGUUUUAGCUGUGACUGCGCAAUGUUUUUCAAUAUAGGAUAUUUUAUCGGAGAGUAGAACUAUUUAUCAUUAAUAUUAAAGCAAUAGCUCAUUAAUGAUGAGUGUGUUGAUGAAGAACUGGAUGAGCGUAUUGUGUAAAAUGUUAGAUUCACAUUUGGUGGAAUUUUGUACUUUAUUUAUUACUACUAAUAAUGAUUUUAAAAGUUGCAUCGCUAAACCCAAACUGUUCUCUUUUUUUUUUCAAUUUUAUUUCAAGGCUUGUAUAUUAUCCUUUUUGUAUGUGCUCUUUUUGUAAUAAAUUGGAUAAAAUGGAAGGUG